UAUCGCCCCUCACUCUCUUUUCCCCUCGGGCCCUGUGUUAGGAGCUUUGCAGCAUCAGUGCCUGUUUUCAAGCUCCGUCUCCUCGCUGCAAACGUGAAUGAACUGAGUACUGAUGAAAAUCACUGUUUUAGCCGCUUCCGUUCGCUGGAGACAAACCGACUCAGAAGCGAAACGAGUUCACCCUAGUAGUCUAGCACUCGCUUUUUAACCAUCUCCUAUUCACGAGGCAUUUCGGAACCGGAACAACCUACAAGUGACUUGAUCAAUGACUGAAAUGCAACGCCGACUGUUACCGGUUUGAGAAGAAGGACUGCAAGCUUAAGUUUCCAGGAUAAUUAGUUGCUCUCCUGCACGUGUGACACAAACACUUGAUGAUCGCAGCUAAAAGGUGGCUGUGGCAAGGAAAAACUCCCUUAGUUGGAAGAGGAAGAAACCUUGAGAGGAACCAGACUCAAAAGGGAAUUGUGGUAUAUGUGUUUGUUCAACAUUCCAGUGCAAAUCUAAUCUUCAUUUGCUGUUAUAAUAACCUCCAAUCUUCUGGGAAUGCAUUCCACAAGAUUUUGGAGCAUGGCUGAGGGGAUUUACUCAUUCAGACACAAGAGCAUUAGUGAAGUCAGGAAACUGAGAGUUUGUUUGGUCCCUGCCACCUGUGUGAUGAAUUCCAAAUGACAUCUCCUCCAGGGUGUCUCUCUCUCCCUGGUGGAGCCAUGCUGCUACUUUAGGGGUCUUUUGGGGGGGUUGCCACGUCACAUCAUGAAAGGCUACACCCCCCACCGCACACAUCACAUCUCUGACUGUGACCCUCCACACACGCCCUCCCGCCUAGAUCCAAUGUACCCACCCUCAGCAAGUUCCACCCUCUCGCGGCAACCCUACGUUGUCCCUUCUUCCACCAUGGAUCACUAUGGAGCCAUGGAGCCCCAUCAUUUCUCCAAUUCACCAAGCUCAGGUGGUCUUCCCCCAGACUGCCUGAUGCCCCUCAGCAACCAGCUGUCAACCAGCAGCACUUUCCCACGUAUCCAUUUCAACUCCCAUUUUGAGCAGAGUGACUUCUCACCUCCAGAUGGAGACAACAUCAGGGGCAUCAGCACAGGCACACUUGGUACCUCUAUGUCUGUAGGCAUGGGAAUGAACAUGGGGCUUGGAGCAGGACGCACAACCAUGAUCACCAGUGGAUCUGCUACUAUAUCAGGUGCAGGGAAGAUGAACCGGUUACCAGCGAACCUCUUGGAUCAGUUUGAAAAGCAGUUGCCAGGGCAGAGGGAUGGAUUCAGCACCUUACAAUUUCACCGUAGCACAGCUGUGGAAACAACUAAACAACAGCAGCAGCGCACCGAUAGCCCAGGAAAGAUCCGUUAUCUGGUCCACUCUGUGCAGAAACUCUUUGCCAAAUCACAGUCACUAGAAAGCUCGGCUAUGAAGGGUAACAUGAAUGGGCGAUCAGGAAGCAGUGCCAACGAGGACAAACACCACCGGCGCAGCAAAAGCAAAGACCGGGCCAAGAGUGAGGGCACUGCAAAACGGCGUCCACGCUCGAACAUGUCUGGCUACUGGAGCUCAGAUGACCUGGACAGUGACAUCAUUAACUACAGGAGCCCUGUGGCAAUGAUGACUCUGGGUCGUCAGAGCUCUGCAUCAGGGUCAGCACUGGAAAGCCAAGUGAAUUCAAAGUACUUAAUGCAAGGCUACAACACCAUUAGUGAGCACACACUAAAAGCCUCAAAGAGCAGCAAUGACAUGAAACACCAGGGCCUCCUUGCACUACCAGGCCCUGGGGGAGGAGGAGGAGGAGGAGGAGGAGGAGGAGGAAGAAUGGCAGUUGUGGAAGGGAAUUAUGGGAAGGGUGGACAAUGGUCCACACUCACACUGGGGCCAAGUAGACAGUUGUGCCAGAAGGGCUCAGCCACACUGGAUCGCACUCUGCUCAAGUCCAAGUCAUGCCAACAGGAGCUGGCCUGCCAUUAUCUACAGGUGCGAGGCAGGAUGCCCUCUACAGGAGAAUGGAGUGGAACUAUUGGUCGAGCUGAGAUUCCAUGCAGACGGAUGCGCAGUGGUAGCUACGUAAAGGCUAUGGGGGACCUGGAGGACAGCGAUGACUCAGACAGCAGCUUGAAACCCUCACCAAAAACUGCUGCGCGCAGACAGAGCUACCUGCGAGCCACACAGCAGUCCCUCAGUGACCAGUUCCCUUCCAGAAACCGUCCGCUGGACUACUCGAUGCUGCAGGGGGAUCUGGAGGCCCUAUGGUCUCCCCUCCAUAGCAUUGCCACUCUGCAGCAGAUCGGACGCUCCGUAAGUUGUCUUCCAUCUCUGCGAGAAUUCUCUGGGAAUCGCAGUGUGGAUAAUUUGGACUGUAUUGGAGGUUCUGUAAGCUCAUCAUUCCCACGCUGGGAUGAUGAUGACUUCAGCCAGGGCUGCAGCACACUUGGACGCAACAGCUGCAUCAGCCAGAUGCGGGAUUCAGAGUUGAACCAACGCUAUGGAGAAGACUCCUGUUCAGAAUCUGUGUUCGGAGAGAUGCACGCACUCACACGCUCUCACUCACGGGCAGAGGACCCUGAUUUGCCCACCUGCUUCCGUUCCCGAAGCCAUAGUUACCUACGUGCCAUCCAAGCUGGCUGCUCCCAAGAUGAUGACACAGCAUCACUUGAUUCAGAUUCACCGCCACCCACUGCUACAACUGUACGCACUUACAGCACCAGCACCGUCUCAACAUGUAUAACAACGUGUAAGAAGAUAGCCCCGCCCCCUGUCCCUCCUCGCAAUUCCAACUCCAAGCCCUUCAUUUCAGUGACUGUGCAGAGCAGCACCGAAUCAGCACAGGACGGUUACCUGGACAACCACGACCGCAAGAGCCAGACGAACGGCAGCUCGUCAGACAGCAGCCUGACAAAAGGAUCACGGUCUCACCCACCUGUACUUGGACCUCGCGAUCCACAGGUUCCAGCAGCUGUGGUGCUUUUACCCGACUCUUCUCGUGAGCUGCAGAAUGAGCAGGUGAAAGUGGGAGGAGCAACAGACGAACCCAGGACGGAGCCUGUACCCCGUCGCAAACUUUCCUCUAUUGGAAUACAGGUGGACAGCAUCCAGGAAAUUCAGAACCGAGUCGAGACGCCGCCGCCAUUGGCCAGAUUCCAGUCGAUUGGAGUGCAGGUGGAGGACGGCUGGACACUCAGCCGCUCCAGUAGUAUGGCAUCUAAGCAGGAAACUGACUCAGACACACAAGAUCUCUCUCUUAAUUCUGUCACCAGUCUUACAUCCAUUAACACUUCCAGACCCGCUGAGAAGAAAGUCAUGGUCAACAGUGCUAGCCAAUCUGUGGACUUCCACGCUCAAAUCUCUCUUGACAAUGGUAGCCACGACGAUGAUGUUGUGACAACCAGCGGUCCUUCCCGCCAGCUCCUGACUAAUCGCUCAACAACAAGAAGUAGCUCUUCCUCAUUUUCAGAGAGUUUAGACCCCGCGCUUGACCCAUCCUCCCUGCCUCCGCCUGACCCCUGGUUGGAGAGUGGUAACGGGACUGGAAACGGAGGCCCCACACACACGUCUUCAGCUGGCAUGUCGGCAUGUCGGAGAGAUGGGCAUUGGUUCAUGAAGCUGCUGCAGGCAGAGACUGCACGGAUGGAAGGGUGGUGCAAACAGAUGGAAGAGGAGACCAAAGAGCACCAGCUCUCUGAGGAGGUGCUAGGUAAGGUGCGCAGUGCAGUGGGCAGUGCUCAGCUCCUUAUGUCUCAAAAGUUUCAGCAAUUCAGAGGGUUAUGUGAACAAAAUUUGAAUGUGAACGCUAACCCGAGACCAACAGCUCAGGACUUGGCAGGAUUCUGGGACCUUCUGCAGCUGUCAAUAGAAGAUAUUAGUCUCAAGUUUGACGAGCUCUACCAACUCAAAGCCAAUGACUGGAAACUGGACCGAGAUUCUCCAGACAAACAGAAAAAUCAGAAGCAGGCGCCACCUGUGCCAAAGAAGCCUGGGAAGAACAAGGCAGUACUGAACCGGGAGAAAAGCAGCGAGGCGGCAGAAAAACAGAGGCAGGAAGCCCGCAAGAGACUGAUGGCAGCCAAGAGAGCGCAGUCGGUCAAACAGAACUCGGCCACCGAGAGCUCGGACAACAUCGAGAUCUACGUCCCCGAAGCCCAGACACGCCUCUGAGAAAAGAGAAAUGAAGAAACAGGCCCACAGCUCACCCAUGUGGAGAGGGGGAAGAAUGAAAGGGAAAGGGAAUACAAGAGUGAGAAAACAUUUGAGCGCUUCACAGAUCUGCUCUAAUAUCAAAUGCAAAAUGCUCUUUAUUUUGGUGGCAGCCUAAAAUCGAGAAAGGUGAAUGUGGAAAUUGUGAACAGGCCACACAAAGAGCUUCUCUUUUCAGAGACUGCCAAGGAAAACCUCACAGACAUUUAUUAUUAUUAUUAUUAUUAUUAUUAUUAUUAUUAUUACUUCUUAUAAUUAUGCCACCAAAAGUCUAUAUCAGACUGUUUUAAAUGUUCUAUUAUCUUGAAUAAGAGAUUUAAUCUAUGUGGACUAGGUAGCCACACUUGGAUUUUUUUUUUUUUUGCCCUUCAUCACCCCAUCCAGUAGAAAAUCCUCCUCUGGUUUCCAUACACACACUUGCUUGGAGGAUUCCUUCUUGUGUGUGCCCUCUCUGAAAUACUCGUCUUCCUGUUUACUAAUUUGGUUUAUUGACUUCAGCCUCUAGUGCAAGUUAUAGAAAUUGUGUCUUUGCACUAAACAGUAACAGAUGAACAAAAGCCUGUUAGAGUGGAAAAGAACGGUGUAGACAUUUAGGCCACUUUAUUUCACCCAGCUGGUUUUCACUCCUGCUUUGACUUUUUCAUUCAUGGUAAACUUUCAUACCAUUUAUCGGGUGCUUGCAAAUUGUUACUGCAAAUGCACUCCAUUUUAUCGGAGCAAUAAGUAUGAUUCUUAUUGAAAACGUAAUUAAAAAGCAUAAGCAAAAUAAAAACCACUGAUUAGUAUUAAAUGUAGGACAUUUUGGUGGGUUUUGAAGAAAGUAUUGCCUAUUGUAUUAUCUUGAUCAUGUAACAGUGAUCUAAUAAUGUUUGACUGAACCACAAGAAGUACAAUACCGCUUAUUGUCCCUUUAAUGAUUUUUUUUUAUACCCAGUUUGCAUUUAGCUACAGAAAGUAAUGAGAGAAAGCAUGUUUUAGUCGUUUUAAAUCUGCUUGCCUUUCAUUAAAUACAGUUAGAAAUGUCACUUUGUCAUACUGAAGGUAGAAGCUCUGUUCUUUCAGGAAUGGAGGUAGGGCCUCAUCAUCACAACAAACCCAUGGCCAAAGUUAGUACUUAUUUUUUAUUUAUUUUUUAUUUUUUUGCUGUAAGAAAAAUAUUUGAUCAUGAAAGAUAAGUGAUUAAUGAACUCAAUCUAAAAUGCACACCCUGAUUCUACAAUCAUUUUAUUUAAUCAAUUUCCGGCAUUCUGAAGCCGUGUAACAUUACAAUUCAUAGUUAAAACAAUCCUACAGUAGUCUGUGCAGUGACAGCAUCUCUCUCUGGUUAUUUGGGUCCUACAUCGUGUUAGCUGUCCUGAGAAUGUGGCAUUUAUUCUGCAUUUCACAGUCUGUUUUUGUUUAUGAUUUUUUUUUUUAAAUUCUGAUUCAUUUACUUUGUUUAUCUUGUUAUUUAUCCUCAUUGAAGUUACGUGUCUGUUUAAAUAAGAUCAUUAAAUUCUGUUGUUUUAUAUGGA